GCCCACCUCCUCCCUCUGUGGCCAAUCCGUCUCCAAGAAUUUAAAAAAUAAAUUCAAACUACAUUUCCCAGAAGGCAUUUCGCCGAUAGUCAGUAGCUUGGCUUUGAAUCCUAGGGAGUCCUUGAAGCCUCCUCUAUCAAGGCGGAUUGGUCCACAUUGGUUGCUUAGAAAGCCUUUUGUGUGACUCGGACCCCAGCUAGACUAGUUGCUCUCCUCCUUCUCGCUGACGUCGUCAUCGUUGUCGUUGUUAUGGCGCCUACCAUCCAGACUCAGGCUCAGCGGGAAGAUGGCCACAGACCCAACUCCCAUAGGACAGUGCAAGAGAGGUCUGGUGUGGUGUGCCGAGUCAAAUACUGUAACACUCUUCCCGACAUUCCCUUUGAUCCCAAGUUCAUCACAUAUCCCUUUGACCAGAACCGGUUCGUCCAGUAUAAGGCAACCUCUCUAGAAAAACAGCACAAACAUGACUUGCUCACAGAGCCCGACCUGGGAGUCACCAUCGACCUCAUUAACCCAGACACCUACCGCAUUGACCCUAACGUUCUCUUAGAUCCGGCAGAUGAGAAAUUAUUAGAAGAAGAGAUCCAGGCCCCAACCAGCUCCAAAAGGUCCCAGCAGCAUGCAAAGGUGGUCCCUUGGAUGAGAAAGACAGAAUAUAUUUCUACAGAAUUCAACCGAUAUGGGGUCUCUAAUGAGAAGCCUGAAGUCAAGAUUGGGGUGUCGGUGAAGCAACAGUUCACGGAAGAGGAGAUCUACAAAGAUCGAGACAGCCAGAUCACUGCCAUCGAGAAGACUUUUGAGGAUGCCCAGAAGUCGAUCUCUCAACACUACAGCAAGCCAAGGGUGACACCAGUGGAGGUGAUGCCUGUUUUCCCAGACUUUAAGAUGUGGAUCAAUCCCUGUGCCCAGGUGAUCUUUGACUCAGAUCCAGCCCCCAAGGAUACUAGUGGUUCUGCAGCCCUGGAGAUGAUGUCUCAAGCCAUGAUCAGGGGAAUGAUGGAUGAGGAGGGCAAUCAGUUUGUGGCCUACUUUUUGCCAGUGGAAGAGACCAUGAGGAAGCGCAAGCGUGAUCAAGAAGAAGAGAUGGACUAUACACCAGAUGAUAUCUAUGAUUAUAAAAUUGCUAGGGAGUACAACUGGAAUGUGAAGAACAAGGCUAGUAAAGGCUAUGAAGAAAACUACUUUUUCAUCUUCCGAGAAGGUGAUGGGGUCUACUACAAUGAGUUGGAAACCAGGGUCCGCCUUAGUAAACGGAGGGCCAAGGCUGGAGCACAGUCAGGUACCAAUGCCUUACUGGUAGUCAAACACCGCAACAUGAAUGAGAAGGAACUGGAAGCUCAGGAAGCUCGGAAGGCACAGCUGGAGAACCAUGAACCAGAAGAGGAGGAGGAAGAAGAGAUGGAUAAAGAGACACCAGACUCAGAUGAGGAAGAGGAAAAAGGAAGUGACAGUGAAAAAGAGGCAAGUGAGGAAGAAGAAGAACCAUCAGGAAGUGAGAGUGAUCAAGAAGAUGAAGAGGAGAGUGAGAAGAAUGGGAGUGAAGAAGACAAAGCAGAGGAAGAAAGCAGUGAGGAUGAGGCCCGAGCAGCCAGAGACAAGGAGGAAAUCUUCGGGAGUGAUGCUGACUCAGAGAAAGAUGAUGAGGAAGAGAAUGGAAGAGGCCGAACCAAGGGCCGUGGGAAGGGUGAAGAUGAGGAAAGUGGCAGUGAGGGGGGGCCUAGGUGGCACAACCCCAGCCCCUCUUUCCUCAAUAGCAACAUCCACCCAGCCAAAGAGUAUGGUAGUAAGGGGGUCACAUCUGGCUCCAUUGAGGAGGCCAGUGACAGUGACUGAGGCUCAGCAGCCCAUUGCAGGCCACCAUAUUGGGCAAGAGGGAUUGGGCCUCUCCAGCUCAGGCACUAUUCUCAGGACAAAAGGAAAAUACCUAUUUCUUUUUUCAAAAAAAUCUUUUCUGUCAAUAAAAGCAAUACGUUUAUAAGUUGAAAGAAAAAGA